ACAAUACUCAAUCAUUCAUUGCUAGUGUUAAUGCUGGUGGCGUUGACAUUGGCACAGUCCUACCCAGAGAGCAUCGAUGCAAAGUUGAGAUGUGAUCUUAGUCAGCCACUGUCAGAACAGAUUAGAUUGGCAUCGAUCGUGCCACAGGGUGAUCCAGAGGUCAACCAAUAUAGAUAUACAUCGGAUCUUGUGUUGUUGGACUAUGUGGCCCACUUCAAGUCCGCCUACAACCUCACUCUGUGCCGCACCAACGUCAGCGAGUAUGACAGUCUGGUGCUGGACACACUCGGACUGGCCCAGCAGUCCAAGGUGCACGCGGUCAUUGGACCGGCCUACUCGAGCAGUGGCAGCACGGUUGGCCUGAUUCUCGGCGCGUUUGGCGUGCCAAACAUUGGCUUCUACGCCAGUUCAGUAUCUCUCUCAUCCUACCCCUACUACAACCGUGUGUUCCCCUCGGAUGCCUUCCAGGUGCAGGCCAUCCUGGCACUGGUCCAACACUAUGGCUGGACACGUAUAUCUUGCGUCCACACUCAGGAGGACUAUGGCAAUGGUGGUGCCACGCUGCUGGCGCAGCAGGCUGCCCAGAUCGGUGUGACAGUCGACACGAUCCAGGCCAUCAAGCCACGCUCUUCCAACGCAGACGACCCCAGCAACCCCACCAACGAAGACUAUGCACUGCUGUACAAUAACCUGGACGAUGUGAAGGCGCGUGUCAUCAUCACAUACGCGCUGUUCCCCCAGGACUGCUCCUUCCUCUGGGACUACGCACUCAAGAACAACUACUACAUGAAGCAGGGCGUGGCAUGGAUCGUCACUGAUGGCUGCGCAGAGAUGGUGGACCAGCGUCCAGAGUAUGAGGGCGUGAUCUCAUUCUUCCCACAGUACAACUCUGGCGACUACGCCUCGCUCGUCAAGAACGUCACCAGUGUCAGAGAGUUGGUUGGCCCAGACACCAAGUCGGACACAUUCUACAAGGGUGCCGUGUUCUCAUCGGACGCCACCAAGACAUUGAUGUUGGCUUUUGACAGCAUCCUUCAGAAGGACCCCAAGGCCAACCUGUCGAAUGGUGAGGUUGUUCGUGAUGCCAUCCGUGCCACAACCUUUGCCGGAUACUCUGGACAAGUGGAGUUUGAUGAGGUAGGCGAUCGCAAGAAUCCAACCUUUGCCAUCUCCAACUAUGUCAAUGUGUCCUUCAGUCAAGUUGGCACCAUUGCCCUCAACGGCAACGAGUCCGAUGUCCAACUCAAUCAACACAUGAUGUUUGUUGGUGGCUCACACAAAGUACCAUCUGAUUACAUGGUCAACACAUAUUCAAUUCCUUUGAAUGGAGCACUUGGAGGAGUGACUGGAUUCUGUACUCUACUGGUGUUGUUCAUGGCCUUUGUCAUUGUGUUUGAGUGGAAGAAGUUUAGAUACUCAUCUCCACUAUUCUGUUGUCUGAUCCUUCUUGGUUCACUCCUUGGAUACGCUGCCAUCUACACUUUGUUACCAUCACCAACUGAUGAGUUGUGCACUGCAUUCCCUUGGUUGCUUGGAUAUGGAUAUGUAAUUAUGUUUGGAACUAUAUUUACAAAGACGUGGAGGACAUGGCGUCUGUUUGCCAAUGCCCACAGAUUCAAGAUCAUCAAGAUCUCCAACCAGAUGAUCCUGACAUUCGUCGGAGUGUUCCUGGUGAUUGAGACCAUCUUCUUGGUGGUGUGGACUGCCGUCGAUCGUCCACGCGUCGUCACCAACCCCAUCUACCGCCAGGGUGAGGCGCAGAACCAGUGUAUGUCCACCACGACCGCAUGGUGGUACGCCUUCUGUCUCUACAAGGUGGCCUACAUCAUCGUCGGAGUGUUCCUGGCUUACAAGACACGUAACGUUGUCGACCAGCUCAAUGAGUCCAAGCCAAUCUCGUUGUCCGUCUACAACCUGACAUUCGUGAUGCUGGUCGCCAUUCCCAUCGGUUUCCUGCUGACCGACUACCCAACCGCCGAGAUCGUCAUCCAGGUCGUGUCCAUCCUGCUGGCCUUCACCGCCACAGCCUGUCUGCUAUUCUUGCCCAAGGUGUGGAUGAUUGUCAGUGGCCAACAACACACCAUCGACAGCUACGACUCAUCGCAGAACAGUGGCCACUCAUCUCAGAUGCAGUCCAACUCUUACAACAACUCUGUGCGCGGCACAAAGACCGACGAGACCCAACUCAACAAGAGUAUAAGCCAGGCAGGAGGCCUAGUCUACACCGGUGGCAGCCAAUUGCCAUCAUCCACAAACUCCACCUCAUCAUCAGUGACGAAU